AUGACGAAGGCUGUUGAAAAUGUGGUCGCACAAUUUAAGGAAAAGUUUGGUAGAUAUCCUAAAACAGCUCAGUUCGACGAUGGAAUGGAAUUCUACAAUGUAGGAGUAAAGACGUUGCUAAAGGAUCAUGAUGUUCACUACUUUUCCACAAGGACCUUCCGGAAAGCUGCACUUGUCGAAAGAUUCAAUAGGACUCUGAAAACAAGGAUUUGGAAAUACUUUACGGAAAACAGGACGAAAGUUUGGGUGGACAUCUUACCUGCUCUCGUUAGAUCCUAUAAUAAUUCCACACACAGAACAAUAGGAAUGAAACCAGCGGAUGUGAAUGAGGAAGUUUGGACAAGAAUCUACGGAUAUCCACUAAGCAGUUUUCCGGAUCCUAAAUUUAAGGUUGGGGAUCAUGUCAGGGUGGAAAUAAAGCAAAAGACCUUUGAAAAGGGAUACGAACCAAUUUUGACAACGAAGUAUACGUCGUUACAUCGGUGUUCUGGGGAGAUCCCAACAUGUACAGCCUUAAGGAUCCGGAGGAUGGGGAGGAUAUUUUGGGGAGGUAUUAUGAACAAGAAUUAUCUUUAG